GUUAUAACAAUGGCAGAAAUCAUUGAUCACCUUCUUUUGUAUAAAAAUGGUCAAGAAUCUUCAACACAACUUGAAAAAGAACUAGAAGGUUCAAUAAAAAAGACUCUUUCAGAUCACGAGUACAGAACCGAACUCGGUGCAAAACCCGAGUUUUGGCGAUAUUUCAAUGCAGCAUUGGAAGUAUCACUAAAAGACACCAACGAAGCAUGUUUAAUCAAUUUAAUCAAGCUCGCGAGAAAUGUUGUCGCCGGUGACUUACGUAAUCAGAACUUGGCCAUGUAGGGAAUAAGACGAAAACCAUUAAAUUGUAUUAACGCCCGUUUACUAGUCAACACGGUGCCUUAUAUAAAAUUGAAGAUCUGUUAGCAGAGAAAAUGACCAGUGAGACUGAUAACAACAUGAUACUUCAGGUUGGAACCCAGGCCAUUUGCAAUAUUAUCACAAACAAUCAAAUAGCUAUUGAUUUUAUUUGGAAAAUUUGGAUGUCAAAUGAACGAAGGGGUUCUAUUUGGAGUCUUAUUCUAUCCAAGAGCAAUGAAAAUAUAAUCAUGAGCGCACUAGUAUUAAUCAUAAACUGUAUCCGAGGCAACGAAAUAAGAUGCGGUUUGUUAGUGACCAGUAAGAUUGGUAAGGACAUUAUAGCUGCUAUUUUAGGUGAUAUCGAACGAUUGCAUGGUAGUGAAGAAUCCAAAAAUUUUGAAUUGGGAUACACCAUUUUUAGUGAGUUGAUAUCAUUUGGAUAUUUCAAAGAAUUGUAUACAAACAUUGAUGAUUUUAGUAAAAAUAUACUCAUAAGUGAUCAUCAGACAAUCCUUUUGAAAUUGUUGGAUUCCAAAAUCCAUGCGCACAAGGAAUCCUUCCCAGAGUUCAUAGGACACAAGGAGCUCGAAUUUCUCAUUGAUCAAUUUCAAGUUAUUGCAAAAGAAACCAUUGUUAUUAUCUUGGCUGUAAAAGGAUCCAAUCCUGAAGAAAAAUCGAAUUUAGAGGUUGAAAAAGUAACAAAUGUAUACACGGGUGUUAUUCUUUUGCUUCAAAUGUUGAACCAGUUAUUCGUUUUGGAUGAAAAUCAUCAAAGAGGGAUUAAGCAAUUACUCGUUGGGGUAAAUGCCUUGUCUCUGGUCACAGAUAUACUGGGUCAUCUUGAGUCCAUGAAGUUACCUCCUGCCCAAGUUGAAAAUCCUCUUGCAGGCUUUAACUUUUUGAAGAGAGAAUGUGUACGCUUGAUGGGUACAUUAUGUCAUAAAGACAGACUAAUGCAAGACAAGAUCCGUGAACUAGGUGGAAUUCCAUUAAUUCUGUGCCAGUUCAAAAUUGAUGAUUCAAAUCCAUACCUUCGAGAAUAUGCGACACUUGCUCUUCGCAACGUGAUGGAAGGCAACACAGAGAACCAAAAAUUAAUCGAAGAAUUGCAACCACAAGAAAUUCUUCAAACUGAUGAAUUAAAAGAAAUGGGUCUUUCAACUGAAUUAAUGCAAGACGGUAAAGUUCGUAUAAAGAAAAUUUAAAUUACUGCGAAAAAAUAAUGGGGUUUGUCCCUACCCCCCAAACAAUAAAUGGUCACACUAUUUUUAUUUAUUUUUUUCCUUACAAAAAUAAAAAGUUACAAAACAC